AACUCCAAAACAAAACAUGCACACCAAAACCCCACAAUAUAUUUGCUACCCAAUUUAGCUUUGAUUUUCUCAUUCAUUUCCAUUCUCUGGCCACCUCCAUUUUUCCCUUCCUUGGUUGGAGAAAAUGGAACAUGAAUCUGACUUCAAAUCGCAGUUGGUGACAGAGAUUUGCUCCAUUUCGAAAUUCUCCAUUGCCUGUUCUCAUAGGCAUUGCACCAGCCCUGUUCGAUCUUCUUCACCUUUCGUCGAUUGGUAUCGUCUUCUUGGGGUGGAAGAAACAGCUGGGAUUGAUGUUAUAAGAAAGAGAUACCAUGAACUUGCUUUACAACUUCACCCAGAUAAGAACAAGCAUGCCAAGGCUGAAGUUGCCUUCAAACUUGUCUCAGAGGCAUAUUCAUGCCUCUCUGAUCAUGAAAAUAGAAGAGCUUUUGACUUGGAGAGAUGGAGCAAGUUCUGCUUUGAGUGUGGUACAAUCCCCUACACAACCUACAAGACUCCCAGCAAUGCCAAGGCUUCAGAACACAAGGGUUGGAAUCCCACAAGCAGUUCGAGGUCUUGUAAAGUUAUCAAGGGCCUGAAAGAUAUGAGAAACCGGUUUAGAGAAGAGGCAAGAGUGAUCGAAAACUGUCUGAGGGCUAAUAAUGCAGCAUCAAGAAAUGAAUCCUCGCUCUUCAGUCCAACUUCUUAUAUGUUUCAGAGCAAUUCUAAUCCUAGGUUGAGCAGGGAAACCCCUGUUUUCAACCCAUCUGAUCAUGUGGUUCAAGGAUAUCCCCAUGUCAGGACUCGAAUUUACGACAAAGAUAAAUCUCGGAGCUUUUGGUGCUUGAGAACAGGGCAUCAUAUAUUGAAUUAUGAACAAGGAAGGGCUAGUAGGGCUACAUAUGAUUCUCCAGUAUUUGAGGUCAGAUCAGAAAGGGGAGUUUUAAAGAGUAGAUCUACUUGUGUUCGUUCGUAGCUUUUAGGAAAUAGAUUGUUUCAUUCAUUCAAAAAUAAUGAAGAAUUCAUUUCUUGGAGAACAAAUUCUUUUAA